GUCAGUCGCUUCACAAACGGGGCGGAGAGAGAGAGUGGGAAAAAAAGAGAGAGAGAGAGAAAGAGAGAGAGAGAGAGGCGCCCGCUAUAUAAGCUCGAGUCCCACAGCUUUAUAAUGCCAGAGUUUUCCACAGAGAGGGAAAAAUUCACUGCAGGGACUGUGGACACUUAUUUGGCUUCUGUGUUUUUGCCUGUGCCUAAUUUUACGAGAUAUACAAUAUCUAAUAGCCUAUAUAUUUCAUUUAAAAUUUAACAAAAACCUGCACCGCAGGUUAUUUAACUAAGAACGAGUUUAACUAACAAGAUAAUUAGACUUAGUUAGAUUUAUUUAAACAUCCUUCAUGCGAGUCUCCUCACUUCACUUUUCGGACAUUUCUGAUCCGGCUUUAGGGGUUUAAACCCCCUCCACUCUCACAAAGCAGCUCUCCUCACAGUUCCAGCCUGGUUUUUCCACUUUACCACACUUUUACACUAUAAAAAAGUGUUUUAAAUACUCACCGGGAGGAUGCUGGCGCUCACGCGGAGAUUCAGCUGCUGCUGGACGGUUACGUUGCUCCUGGCAACAGCGGCAUCGCUCGGGAGCUCCUUAGCAACGGCGCGGCACGGGACUGCGCGAGACGCCGAGAAUGCCAUCAAAUCGUUACCGCUCGGCGAGGCGCCAACGGCGACCACCAACCGCUCGGGGGUCUCUCUUAGCGGAGUGAGCAGGAAGGGCAACGUCCACCCCGUUCAGAUGUAUCCAUGCAGCAGUGACAAAGAGUGCUCGGUGGGGAGUUACUGUCACAGCCCUCAGCACGCGCCCUCACGCUGCCUCACCUGCCGCCGCAGGAAGAAGCGCUGCAAUAGAGACUCCAUGUGCUGCCCUGGCAAUCGCUGCAGCAACUAUAUCUGCACCCCGUUCUCCGAGAGCAUUCUGUCCCCGCACAUCUCACCCAUAGAGGAGCACAACAAACUCUCGAGCAAAGACAAGAGCUGGAAGAGGAUCGGGAAAGCCCAAGCCAAGCUCUCCCUCAAAGGCCACGAUGGUGACCCAUGCCUGCGUUCCUCUGACUGCUCGGAGGGCUACUGCUGCGCCCGCCACUUCUGGACCAAGAUCUGCAAGCCCGUGCUCCGUCAGGGCGAGGUGUGCACCAAGCAGCGCAAGAAAGGCUCGCACGGCCUGGAGAUCUUCCAGCGCUGCGACUGCGCCAAAGGCCUGGCCUGCAAGGUGUGGAAGGACGCCACCUCCUACUCCAGGUCCAGACUGCAUGUGUGCCAGAGAAUCUGAAGGGGUGCAGGAAAGGGCCCAGUGAGCGAGCUGCGCGGUGGGGCCUAUUCUUUUCAGAGAGGACUGCUUUAAUUUUUUUCAAAGACCCAGGCCAUCUGUGAUGAAGAAAGGGAGAGGAUGAGAGACAUGCACAAAGAGAAAGAAAGAGAGAAAGAAUAAUAAUCCAGGAUUGUGUGUAUGUAUAUGUGUGUGUGUGUGUUUGUGUGAGUGUGUGUGAGUAUGUUUGUGUAGUUUGAGGUAGACGAUUCGAUUGAGAGACAUGAAAGAGAGACGUGAUCAGACAACCAGCCUUUUUUCAGCAACUUUUUUGCUGCACAUUUUUGUAAAAAGACUGUAUUGAUUAUAAAGCCAUAGCUUUUCACCAGCAAUAGAUAGAAGGAGGUCCUGAAACAUUUCUACUUUCUCUAAACAUUUCGGGUUUAGGUCUAAUACAUUCCAAACUUCAAGAUCUUGAGAUUCGCACAUGCACAUUACAUUUUCAUACAGGGUUCAGAAUAAUUCAUUUUCAAUAAGACAUAACCACUAUACAUAUUUCAUGAAAGACAUAAUAUAUGACUGUUCUGUAAUACCUGAAGCAUACAGUAUAACCACAUGUUCAUGUUCUGUUAGGACUGCAUAACCCAACAUGCCCAGAAACAAGCCACAGUUGAAGAUUUGAGAAACACAUUUUGUUAAUCCUUUCAACGAAUAACCAUAUAUCAACCAUUUCCCACUAUUGGGAAAAAUCUGUUAUUCUCUUUCCUAUUGUAAUAUUGUAAUAAUUUAAUUUCAAGUGCCUUCAUAAUUGAAAAAGUCUAAACUAAGCACAUUUGAGUUUGUUUUUUUGGAAAUAGUUAAAUAGUCCAAUUAAAUAUUUUUUUUUUUACAAAUGGAUAAAUGGAAGAUAUAUGAUUAUUUAAUUGUUUUAGAGCUCAAUUGCCAUCAUUGUCUGAGAUGGUGAAGGGCAGCAUGCAUCAGCACUUUGGUUUAGUGAUCUAUAACAGCAGCAAACCUGCAUUUCGGAUGUUCUGAAAUCUAUGAUUGUGGUUUUGGUCUAAAGAUUCACAUUGGGUUUUAUUGUAGCAUGUAUUAUAAUUUGUGAUCACUGCAAAAAUAUAUAUUUCCACCUCACACAAAAACUUUGUAGUUCAAAUAUGGAAAUUUUAGCUUCUUAGUUUUCAGUGGAUGUCAAUGUCAAAAAAAUUUGAGUAGUAAUGUUCAGUCUAUUUUUCAGUCUAGUCUAAAUAUAUAUAAACAAAUUCUCAUUAUGAGAUUGCUGUAAGAAAACGAGCGACCAAGUGACCAAAAACUACUAUAAUCGUAUGCAAAAAUGGUGGAAAGUCAAUUAGUAAAAUCCAAAAGCAAUAUCAGGAGUUAAAACAUAAUGUAUUUUCUGAUACAUACUCAGUAUAGAUUACAUUUUCUGAAAUGUUUGACUUUAAACUACAUAUACAUAUGCAGUUAUGUAAAAAACGUUAGAUAAUCUAUCUAACAAACCCACACAAUAAGAUUACAUAAAAUAGGUAAUUAAGCUUGUUUCAAGAAUUAAUGCUUAAAGCAAGCAAAAUUAAUUUCCAGCAGAAUAACAGCAGUUGCUCUCUGAACAAGCUCAAAAUUGAAAAAAAAAAUAUAUAUACAAAUAUUGUUUUUAAAACAAUAUUGCUAAAUUAUCAUUUUUUUCAGUGACAUAUUAAUUAGAGUGGUCUCAAAUGUUCUUAAUUCCACAAUCCAGAAAGCAAAUUGAGGCAGGCUGAUUUAGAUGUUAUUUAUUUGCAUGUCACCACAUGCAUUUCAUCUUAAAAUCAUACUGCAUGUUAACCAGCAGCAGCAAUCAAGAGAGUUCAAAACACAAUCAUGCCACCAUCUUCUAGAUGAUGCCAGAUUAGCUGUGGUAGAUGUGGAAAAGCAGCCGGGAGUUGAGCUGGGAUUGUAAUAAGAAGCCACACAGCUCAUAACUUCAUCACAUAAACCUUAUGCAAACAUCAACAUGUUUUGUUGGUUUCCUCAUCAAAAAAUAUUUAGGUAAACAUAUUAUCUACAGGAAACACUCAGCAAAAUAUAACGCACACUUGCUGAAUUGAAGACAAUGAAAACAAAACAUCUACAGACUGAUCUUUCCAGUGUGUUAAAUUUAACUAAUUAAAAUAAGCUGUGCGCUACAUUUGGACAUUAGGUAGAAAUAUUCCAUAUUGAAGUGUGUAUCCAGGGUGACAUGUUCACAUGUUUGCAAAUAAAAAUCAACAAAACGUGUCAUUUGACCAGAGGUGCCCAGCCUCCUGCGUAAGUCUGUAACUGUAGACCCACAUGGGCAGGAUGGGUUUCGCAGUUGGCAAAGCCUCUGGCGUCACAGGGAUGUCUGAGACUGACCUAAACUGGCCUGAUUACUGAAGUUACACACGUCUGGGGAAAAGCUUUUCCUUUGUGCUCCAGAUUCACACAGAACAGUCUGCUCAUUUGCUACGCUGUCUAUGAAAUAUGAGAAUUAUGUUUACAGUUUGAGAAGGCAUUUGUUUUUGGGUCAUUUACAACAUACACAUGUAGGUAUUCAUCACUUCAGUUAUCACACUACAGCGUCCUACGAUUGUGACACAAAGACUGAAUAACUAUAACCAAUAGCAGUUGAUGAAAAUCAGAGUGUGCCUCUAUUUUGUGAAUUUGUAUGUUCUACCAGUUAACAAAAAAAUAAUAAGCUCUUAUUGUAAAUAACGUGGAAACAUUGAAAUGAAAUGUAUUUAAAAACAUGUGUAUAUCAUGUACAUAUGAUUUCGGGAGGUGUUGAGGCUGUAAGUCAGGCAUGGCACUUUGAAGUGCAGGCAUUGCAAUCUACAGGAGCUGUAGCAGCGGCAUGUAAAGCUCUGUCUAUACCGGAGUGCUUGCGUGCGUCUGAGAGCAGAAAGCAUAGUUUACAUCUUCAGUUUGUUUGUUGUUGUUUUUUGUUCAACCCAAUUGUAUUUUGUUUGUUUCUGCAUAUACAGUAUAUUAAUAUCUCCAUAGAGAAUUAUUCCUAUUAAAUUAUUUUUAAAACUUCUUUAAAUGUUUAGUUUCGUUUAAUGAGCCCUUGUUGUGCAUUUGUUUUCUUGACUUGUGCCUCCGUAAAGAGAUAUGAUGGACUAUGCUGAUGGACUAUGUUUUUCCCCCAGUGUAUAUGUACAUUGUUAAAAAUGAUUAAAGAAUGUAUUUUGUAUUACAA